AGCGGCAUUGAAGCGGCGGGUGGUUUCAGCAUGGCGGCCUCCAUAGACGCUUGUGUUUCUGCUCCACGGGAGGGAUGCUGGCCUGAAGGCUCAGGUGCCGAAAGCGGCUUUAUUCGAACUCAGAAACUCGAGAGUGUUGCGCUCAGCAAGAUGAAUUUUGAAUCUUUUUUGCGAAAUCUUCUUCUGAUUCGUCAGUACAGGGCUGAAGUAUAUAAAAAUAAGGCAGGAAAUAAAUCCAUCAAAGAGACUGAAUGGUAUUUGGCCUACAAGAUUAGAUCAAUUAAAGACAAACAAAAAUAUCAAGAUAUAAAGGGCCUUGGCUUUGAAAGCUACCAAGACCCUGAUUACAGCUUUACAGCAGUUUUUAUAAUCAAAGGAACUCAGAAACUCGAGAGUGUUGCGCUCAGCAAGAUGAAUUUUGAAUCUUUUUUGCGAAAUCUUCUUCUGAUUCGUCAGUACAGGGCUGAAGUAUAUAAAAAUAAGGCAGGAAAUAAAUCCAUCAAAGAGACUGAAUGGUAUUUGGCCUACAAGGGUUCUCCAGGUAACCUUGCUCAAUUUGAGGAUGUUCUUUUUAGUAACCAUGAUAUGUCCUCUUCGGUUGGUGUUGUAGCCAUUAAGCUGUCCUCAGUUGAUGGACAGAAAGUUGUUGGAGUAGGAUAUGUGGAUUCACUGGCAAGAAAACUAGAAGUAUCUGAAUUUACAGAUAAUGAUCAGUUUUCCAACCUUGAAGCACUGUUGAUACAAAUGGGGCCAAAGGAAUGUUUGCUACCUGUUGGGGAGACUGCUGGAGAUAUGGAGAAACUGAGGCAGGUGGUUCAAAGAGGAGGAAUCCUGAUCACAGAUAGGAAAAAGACUGAAUUUUCAACAGUAGAUGCUGUUCAAGAUCUCAACCGUUUGUUGCAAUCAGGAAAGAAGGAGCAUGUGUCUAGUGCAGCAUUACCUGAAAUGGAUAAGCAGGUUGCCAUCUCUUCUCUAUCUGUUGUGAUUAAAUACUUAGAGCUCUUAAACGAUGAGUCUAACUUUGGACAAUUUGAACUUACCACGUUUGACCUUAAUCAGUAUAUGACCCUGGAUCAUGCUGCUGUCAGAGCCCUUAACCUUUUUCAGAAUGCUUCAGAAUUUGCCCAAGCUUGUAGAAUAUGUAAAAUGCUAGAUAUGGUGGGGGCCUUCAUGGAAGAUGGAGAAGUAAGACAAAUUCUUCAAGAAGAUAUCCUCCGCCGCUUCCCAGACUUCAGUCGAAUAGGAAAAAAAUUUCAGAAGAAAGCUACUCUGCAGGACUGUUACAAAAUGUAUCAGGCAAUUAAUCAGAUACCUAAUGUGAUACAGGCACUGGAAAAAAAGAAUGGAAACUGCAAUAUGCUACUAGAUACGGUAUUCACAAAACCUCUUAAAGAGCUAAACUGUGAUUUCUCCAAUUUCCAAAAGAUGAUUGAUGAAACUUUGGACAUGAAUACGGUGGAAACCCAUGAAUACCUUGUGAAACCUUCCAUUGACCCCAAUCUUGCUGAAUUGAGAGAAAAUAUGGAUAAGCUGGAAAGAAAAAUGCAGGGUGUGCUGAAAACUGCAGCCAAGGAACUGAGUUUGGAAGCUGGCAAGAGUAUCAAAUUAGAAUGCAAUGCACAGUUCGGACAUUUUUUCAGAAUUACCUACAGAGAAGAGAAGGUUCUGCGGAAUAAUUUGAAAUAUAAGAUCUUGGAAACCCAGAAGAAUGGGGUGAAAUUCUCUAACAGUGCAUUGAAAGAGAUUAAUGAAGAGUAUAUGAAGAGCAGAAAAGAAUAUGAAGACAUGCAAGAUGCUGUAGUUAAAGAAAUAAUCAAUGUUGCAUCAGGGUAUAAAGAACCCAUUCAGAUUCUCAAUGAUGUCAUUGCCCAGCUAGAUGCCAUUGUCAGUUUUGCUCAUGCAUCAAAUGCAGCACCAACACCAUAUGUGCGCCCAGUUAUUCUAGAAAAAGGGCAAGGAAGAAUAAUCUUGAAAGCUUCCAGGCACCCUUGCAUUGAAGUUCAAGAUGAUGUUGCCUUCAUCCCAAAUGAUGUUACUUUUGAGAAGGACAUACAAAUGUUCCACAUCAUUACUGGGCCAAACAUGGGAGGAAAAUCAACUUACAUACGACAGACUGGGGUGAUCGUUCUUAUGGCCCAAAUUGGCUGUUUUGUGCCAUGUGACUCUGCAGAAGUGACUAUUGUUGAUUGCAUCUUGGCUCGAGUUGGAGCUGGAGAUAGUCAGCUGAAAGGGGUAUCUACCUUCAUGGCCGAAAUGCUGGAAACGUCCUCCAUCCUUAGGACUGCAACCGAACAUUCCUUGAUAAUCAUUGAUGAGUUAGGGAGAGGAACAUCAACAUAUGAUGGAUUUGGAUUGGCCUGGGCAAUUUCUGAAUAUAUUGCCAGCAAAAUGAAAGCUUUCGCUAUGUUUGCUACUCAUUUUCAUGAACUGACAGCACUGGCUGAUCAAAUACCCACUGUAAAUAACUUGCAUGUUACGGCAUUAACUACAAAGGAAACCCUGACAAUGUUGUACCGUGUGAAAAAAGGGGCCUGUGACCAGAGCUUUGGUAUCCAUGUAGCAGAAUUAGCUGCCUUUCCCAAACACGUGAUUGAGUGUGCCAAAGCCAAAGCUCUGGAACUGGAGGACUUCCAGAACAUUGGAAUGUCUCAGGAGGAGGAGGAUGAAGAACCAGCUGCCAAAAGAUGCCACAGGGAGAAGCAGGAGGGGGAACAAAUAAUUCAAGAUUUCCUUUCUCAAGUGAAAGCAAUGCCGUUGACAGAAAUGUCUGAAGAAGAAAUCCGGACCAAACUAAAGGAGUUAAAAGACUACGUUUUAAGGAAAAAUAAUUCUUUUGUAAAUGGAAUUAUUUCCCGCAUCAACGGUGCCUCAUGAUACAUAACUAAAACCACUUGAACUUGUGAUUCUUUUCUGAUCAUAAUCUCUGAACUGAAACCCCAACUAUUUUGUCCCCUCUCACUACCAUGCAAUAGUAAAGAAGAAGCCUCAGGAAUCAUCAUGUUCCACUUUUUCAUCCCCAUACAUAAAGAGAGUCAGAAAAGUAGAGUUGGGAAAUAUAUAACAAUGAUACAGAUACCUAGUUGGACUGCCCUGAAGUGGGCAGAAGAGCUUCAGAACUGACAUAGGCAUCUUCUGUGUUCUGUCAGUUGUACUUUUUCCAUGCCAGAUCCAAAGUGCCUUUAACUGCUUUGGAUCUGGAUGCUACAGACUUCUUUGUGUUACUAAAUAUUAUGACCAUAAAGCUAUGCUUUUGGUGCUGUUUCUGUAUAUAUAAAUUGUAUCAUGUUGGGUUGCAUUUUGCUGCAAUCACUGAAGAAUUCUUGUUUCAAUCUUACUUUUGAAAAUAUAUAUAUAUUUGUGGCAUCCUCUGAAAUAAUAUCAGGCAUUUGACAGACUUGGAAUAAAUCACAGUUCUGUCAUUAACAGGUAUGUUGAUGUCACAGAAACAAAAGAGACAUGGCAUUUUGUUAUUAUUUGUUAGAAGCCCAUAGCUUGUGCCAAUAUAUUUAGCUUUGAAGUCUAGAACAAAAAAAGCAUUUACUAAGGGCUGUGUUUAAUUUGUGUAUAGGUGAGGGGUGUUGUUAUAUGACUUUCAUGGGAUUCCAAACUUAAAAUUGUUAUCCUUAAUGCAGUGUAAGACUUUACUGUAUAUUUUAUUCAUGUUUUAUUCAAAACAUUUCAAACAACUUGAAGAAAAU